GAGCAGCAGGAGCAGUCACUCUGCAUUAAGGUGCUGACAGUGGGAGAACUUCACUGAUAGACUCUCCUCCUUCAAAGAAGCAGCACAGCUAUCACAUGGCGCAAUAUUUAAAGGAUUUAUACUUCAGCCGAGAAGAGCUCAAGAAAAUGAGUUUGGCUUAUAAAAGAAAUGGAGUGAAAGAGGUUCAAUCCCUGUUACAAAAUAAAUUAGACGAGCUGGACAGUGUAGAACUGAACAUUGCCAUAACAGGAGAGUCUGGAGCAGGGAAAUCCACCUUUGUUAAUUCUAUCAGAGGGCUUCAGGAUGAUGAUAAGGGAGCUGCCAUUACUGGCGUUGUAGAAACUACAAUGAAACCAAACAAAUACAAGCAUCCUACCCUACCAAAUGUUUGUUUCUGGGACCUGCCUGGAAUUGGAACUACAAAAUUCCCUGCUGAUAAAUAUCUGAAGGAAAUGCAAUUUGAAAGGUACGAUUUCUUCAUCAUUAUCUCAGCCUGUCGAUUCACAGAAAAUGACACAAAACUCGCCAAAGAGAUUUAUCGGCUGAGGAAGAAAUUCUUCUUUGUUCGAUCCAAAAUUGAUAAUGAUCUAAAUUCAAUGGAAAAGGGAGGGAAGGAAUUUAAUGAAGAGGAAGAACUGGAGAAGAUCAGGAAUGACUGUGUCAGCAAGUUGGAAAAAGAAGGGCUUGAAUCACCAAGUGUUUUCCUGAUAUCAAACUUUGAUCUGAAUCUAUAUGAUUACGAUCGAUUAAAUAAAGCUCUUCAAGAAAGUCUUCCAGAGAUAAAGCAAAGUGUCUUCAUACUGUCCCUUCCAAAUAUAAAUUUGGAUAUUAUAAAGAAAAAAAAUGAACAGCUAAAGAAGCGAGUCUGGAUGUUUGCAAUAGUUUCCGGAACAUUGGGAUUAGUACCAGUUCCUGGACUCUCCUUUGCAUGUGACAUUGCCAUACUGAUUGGGGCACUAGUACAUUUCCGAAUGUAUCUGGGUCUGGAUGAUGCCUCGCUUGAAAGACUGGCCAAUAGGGUACGGAAACCUGUGAAAAAUCUGAAGGCAGUGGUGAAAACCCCCCUGGUGGGGGGUGAAAUAACUGUUGAUAAAGUGAGCAGAAUAUCCUUGCGUCUUGCUGUUGUCAGUUUCUCAAUACUUGAGACUAUCAUUUACUUUGUACCAGUCCUUGGAUCCAUUUUUGGAGCAGGGUCAUCAUUUCUUAUGACCUACAAGCUGCUGAGUGUUGGACUGGAAGAUCUUACAGAGUGUGCACACAAAGUGGUGAAGACUGCUUUUGGGAUUGAAUCAAUCCGAGAUUCAUUCUUCAGUCCAGGAGAAUUAAAAAAACUGCAAUCAACUUACAAAACAGGUGCACUUAAAGCGGUUAAACCAAUGAUAUGGAAGAAGUUAGAUGAGAUAGACAAUACAGUGUUGAACAUCGCAGUAAUGGGAAAAACAGAAUCUGAGAAAUCCAAUUUCAUCAAUGCAGUGAGAGGACUUCAGGAGAAUGAUGAAGAAGCAGUUAUUGUUGGCUACACAGAAAUCACAAUGGAGCCAAUCAGAUAUAAACAUCCCAACAUACCAAAUAUUUAUUUCUGGGAUCUUCCUGGAAUUAGAAUGCCAAAAUUCCAGGCUAAAAAAUACCUGAAGGAAAUUAAUUUUAAAAGAUUUGAUUUCUUCAUCAUUAUCUCAGCCAAUCAAUUCUCAGAAAAUGAUGCAAAACUUGCCAAAGAGAUUGGACGUCAGAAGAAGAAUUUCUACUUCAUUCGGGCUGAAGUUGAUAAUGAUCUCAAUUCAUUGAGAAAGGGAGGGAAAGAGAUUGAUGAAGAGGAAGAACUGGAGAAGAUUAAAAAUAACUGUGUUAGUGAAUUGUUGAAGGCGGGUAUUUCAGUACACAAUGCGUACCUGAUGUCAUAUUUUAAUCUGAAUCUUUACGAUUUUAAUCUUUUUAAUGAAACUAUUGAGGAUGAUCUUCCAAAUAUAAAGAAAAGUCUAUAUAGACUGUCUGUUCCAAACUUAAACUCAGAGAUUGUUGAGAAAAAAAGGAGAGAGCUUGAGAAAAGAAUCUGGAUGUUGGCAGCACUUUCUGGGGAAAAGGGAGCAGUGCCAGGUUCUGGAAGUGCCAUUAGCUGUAAUAUUGAGGUACUGAUUGGAGGAAUACAUCAUUUCCGUAAAUCUCUGGAUCUGGAGAAUGCCUCUCUUCAAAGACUGGCCAAGAUGGCAGCUAAACCUGUGGAGGAUCUGAGAGUAAUGGUAACAACACCCCUGGCAGGGGAAAUAACUCCCAAUUUAAUUACAGAGUUACAACAAGGUCACACUGCUAUCACCAUAUCAGAACUUAAAUACAGCCUUGACUUUAUACCAGUCAUAAGUUCCCUCUUUGAAGAAGGAUCGUCAUUUCUUAUGAUCUACAAGAUGCUGAAUGCUGCACUAGAUAAUCUUACAGAGAACGCAGAGAGUGUGGUGAAUGCUGCAUUCGGGACUGAGUCAAUCCGGUGA